UGUUCACGACACAGAGAGGAGGAGGAAUUUCCUCGACGUUAUCCACAACAAAAUGGCGAGGAUUUUGUAUUAAUGAUGUUCUUUUAGCAUUUCAUUCAUCUCUAUAGAUUUUACACUUUUAUUUUUCAUAACUAGCCUAAAUCCGGUUACUUGUUAAUUGUUACAGCCUUUGUAUUCGGUCACUUUAAACACAGGCUUCUAAGGAAGCCUAAAUAAACACAGGCUUAUGUUGGUCUUGUACGGAGAUGAAAAGCCUGCAGAUUUGUAUAACGGGAUUCGUAACGUUACCAGUAAAGUCGUCAGAGAUUCAAAUACGUUGGAGCAGAUGCUCUUAUUUUACCAGGCUGAGGAGGAGAUCGAGUGGAAGGAGAACUGUCGGGGUAUAAAAACCUAGAGCUGAGAUCUAAUAAAGUGAUUUGGACGAUGGAACCUGCAGCGAAGCAGAAAGUGAUUUACGUGACCUACCUCAUCGCAGCUCUGGACAUCACCUGGCUCUUCCUCCAGUUCUCCAUAACACCGUAUUUGGCGAAAAGGCUUGGGUUCGACACUAUUUGGUUCGGGUAUCUUCAGACCACAGUUGGAGUGAUUCAGCUGCUUGGAGGCCCUAUUUAUGGAAGGUUUGCAGAUGUGUUUGGAGCACGCACAGCUCUCUCUGUGUCUUGCUUGGCGUCAGUGGUUUAUUUCCUACUAUUGACUGUGGCAGACAGCACUUUUAUGCUGUUUGUGCACAAACUACCUGCUGUUUUCAUGCAUGGACUGCCAGGCGCUCAAAUGGUGGUAGCAGAUCUGUCAGAGAAUGAUAAGCGAGCAGAUGCUCUUGGGAAACUUGGCCUCUGCUUUGGCAUUGGCAUGAUCGCAGGAUCAACACUGGGUGGGACACUCAGCACACGCUUUGGGGAAAAGUUUGCAGCAUCUUUUGCGGCUGUCGGGAGUUUUGUUUCUUUGCUGUUGGUGUUGAACUUCAUCCCUAAACAGACCAAAAUACACACUGUGCCAGAGAGUGACAAGAAGGGAUCAUCAAAGUCUGUGUUUAAUCUGGGGGAGAUCACUAGACUGAUGAAGUUUCCAGGUGUUGCAAAGACAUUUACAGUGAAGAUUAUGUCUGGAUUGCCAUCAGGUAUAUUUCAAGUAAUGUUCUCCAUCAUUGCCAUGAAUUUCUUCCAACUGAAGGCAGAGCAGAAUGGCUAUCUGAUGGCUUACUUUGGCAUAGUUCAAAUGGUUAUCCAAGGUGCUGUAAUUGGGCGUCUUACAUCUAGAUUUACAGAGUACUCUUUACUGCUGCUGUCUGUUGGGAUAAGCAGUGUAGUGGGCCUUGCACAGGCUAUGAUGACCAAUGUGUUUCAGUUUUGUUUAAUCGUGAUACCGAUGAUGUUUUCUCUAAGUGUCUUCAAUGUCAUCACAGAUAGCAUGUUGACCAAGAGUGUGUCUCCCUCUGACACAGGAACCAUGCUGGGUCUGUGUGCUUCGGUGCAGUCUCUUUUGCGAACUGUGGGCCCAACUAUCGGAGGAUUCCUCUAUGAGACAUACGGUGUACCUUCCUUUGGAUACAUCCAGUGUGUCGUCAAUGCUGCUGUCUUUAGCCUUCUGCUAGCUACUGGAGGGCGCUCACAUAGAACAUAAACUUAGACUAUAAAAAUUAUGAAAAGG